UGCGCUAUACCAGAUUGUGCUGGAGUCGUUUAAGAAGAGGGGAUCGAAGAAGGGAUCGACUGCUGGGACGUGUGUGCAUUGUUUCUGGCACGUGUAUGAGAUCAUGGCAACUUUUGAGGCGACUCAAAAGUCACCUCCGCUCAUGGGAAUGGCAAGGGGCGGUGGCAUGGCAAUCCUGGCUGACGACCUGUGCUCGUGGGAUGACGGGAAGGGGCGGUGGCAUGGCAGUAAGGCGCCUGAGCAUUUAUCUUUCCCUCCUCACCUGCCUUCUCCCUCCAUCUCCCCUCUCCCUGCACCAGCCACCAUGUUUUGGCAGAUCAUGGCUGACGAUCUCCGCUCGUGGGAUGAUGGCAUUGCAGUCUUCGCAUCGGACCCCGCACAUGCCAAGACAGUGAGCAUCAUAUCUGCACAGUCCAAGGCGAUUGCUGCUGCCACAAGGAGUUUAGGAUGA